CUGACCGUCGAGGGGACACUGCGUGGCAGGAGGAUCCGCGACCGUACGCAGAUUUUGAGUCUUCUGAUGGUUUCUGGACAGAACCAAAUGUUAGAGAAGUGCUUUACGUUCUUCUGAAAGGUGAAGCAAACAAAUACAACCCAACAGUGUGCUACUGAAGAAAGCAUUCACAGAACACUGGAGGGUGAACCUUAUUUGGCAGCUCCCAUUGCAUAUUCAGUUCAUUGAACCCUAUCGUGAGGGCUUCAAACAGUGGCAUCAUUACACCGGUUGUGAAACAGGUUUUGGAAAAUGACCAUGAAGACUGAAGAAAUUACAUUUUUAACAUGAUACUUGGAGUUAAUGACUGCUUACGGCAUUUUCUUGAAAAUUAAAUAUGACUUAGAAGCGUCAAAAGUUUAUGAUGUCAUCGGUUUCAACAGAAAGCAAACUCCAGCAGGCUGUGAGCCUGAAGGGAGUUGACCCAGAAACAUGCAUGAUUGUGUUUAAGAACCACUGGGCACAGGUUGUGAAAAUCUUAGAAAAGCACGACCCCUUGAAGAACACCCAGGCAAAAUAUGGAUCCAUCCCCCCAGAUGAGGCCAGCGCUGUGCAGAACUAUGUAGAACACAUGCUCUUCCUGCUAAUCGAAGAACAAGCCAAGGAUGCUGCGAUGGGGCCAAUUCUGGAAUUUGUGGUCUGUGAGAACAUCAUGGAGAAGCUCUUCCUUUGGAGCUUGAGACGAGAAUUCACGGAUGAAACCAAACUUGAGCAGCUAAAGAUGUAUGAGAUGUUGGUUACUCAGUCCUACCAGCCUCUGCUGCACCACAAGCCCAUCUUGAAGCCCCUGAUGAUGUUGCUGAGCUCCUGUUCGGGGACAGCCACCCCAGCUGUGGAGGGAAAGCUAGUUGUCCUGCUCAACCAGCUCUGCUCCAUCCUUGCCAAAGAUCCAUCCAUUCUGGAACUGUUCUUUCACACCAGUGAGGACCAAGGGGCCGCCAACUUCCUCAUCUUCUCUCUUCUGAUACCCUUCAUUCAUCGGGAGGGCACAGUAGGCCAGCAAGCACGGGAUGCUUUGCUAUUUAUCAUGUCUCUCUCUGCUGAGAACAGCAUGGUGGCCAAUCACAUUGUGGAAAAUACCUACUUCUGUCCCGUGCUUGCAACAGGACUCAGUGGCCUGUACUCUUCGCUGCCCACGAAGCUGGAAGAGAAGGGUGAGGACUGGCACUGCCUUCUGAAGGACGAUUGGCUCCUUCUGCCUGCCCUUGUGCAGUUCAUGAACUCUCUGGAAUUUUGUAAUGCAGUCAUCCAGGUGGCUCACCCCUUGAUCCGCACUCAGCUUGUCAGCUACAUUUACAAUGGAUUUUUGGUACCAGUAUUGGCUCCUGCCCUCCAUAAGGUAACAGUGGAGGAGGUCAUGACCACAACCGCAUACCUGGACCUCUUCCUGCGCAGCAUCUCUGAGCCAGCGCUCCUGGAGAUCUUCCUCCGCUUCAUCCUGUUGCACCAGCAUGAGAAUGUCCACAUCCUGGACACCCUCACCAGCCGAAUCAACACCCCUUUUCGGCUUUGUGUGGUGUCCUUGGCGCUGUUCAGAACUCUCAUCGGGCUACACUGUGAAGACGUGAUGUUGCAGCUAGUUUUAAGGUAUCUGGUCCCCUGCAAUCACAUGAUGCUGAGUCAAAGGUGGGCUGUGAAGGAGAGAGACUGUUACUCCGUGUCUGCUGCCAAGCUGCUUGCCUUGACCCCUGUCUGUUGUGCCAGUGGCAUCACUUUAACACUUGGAAACCAAGAAAGGGACUAUAUUCUCUGGUCCAAGUGUAUGCAUGAUGGCUCAGGACCCGAGGAGCAGCUGCUGCAGGAAACACCCUGCUCGCUUUCUUCACCUUCCCCUCCUCCCCCACCCGCCCCAGCAGCCUGCAUUGUGGAGUAUGGGAAGGCCCUGGACAUCAGCUACCUGCAGUAUCUGUGGGAGGCGCACGCCAACAUCCUCCAUUGCAUGAGGGACUGCAGGGUAUGGUCAGCCCUCUAUGAUGGGGACUCACCUGACCCUGAGACCUUUCUGCAGAGUCUGUCAGAGGAGAACCGAGAAAACUCAGCCCACCCAGAGGCCAGACUCCCACAGCAGCAUGUUAGGACAUCAGGGCAGACAAAGGACAAGAGCCAGUCAGAGCUGGAGUGGGAUGACAGCUACGACACUGGUAUCUCUUCGGGGGCUGAUGUGGGCUCCCCUGGGCCUUAUGACGAUGUGGAGAACCCAGCCCCGCCAGCACCUAUUGAUCCCCCCAAACAUAUCCAAGAGAUGAAGAAGAAUGCCAUUCUUCUCUUCAAGGGGUCCUACAUUGAAGAGUCAGACUUCCAGGACGAUGUGAUGGUGUAUAGGCUGUGUGCUGAGAAGGACACAGAGGACACCAGGGAGCUGCAGGGGGAGACUGUAGAGCCACCAGCUGAGACUCAGCCCAAGGCCCAGCCUGAAGCCCAGAGUCUCCUCACAAGCAAUGGACCUCUCUUUAGUACCGAUCCUGAGGCAGAGUCACAACCCAUCAGGGAGAGUUCAGACCUGUGUCAGAACAUGUUCUCAGAAGCCAAACCAGAGAAUGAGCCUGGUGUAGCCUUAGAAUCAGACUCGGAGUUGACAGUUCCCACGUUUGAGGCAGAACCUCAGUCAGACUUGCAGGUUGCCAACACAGAGAGUGAAGAUUUCAUCACACAGUAUGACCAAAUCAUUCAAGAACUGGAUUCUAGCACGGAGGGCUUGAUGGAGCAGAGCGUCCCUGCCUCUGAGCCAGUGCUUCUUACACACCAAGAAGAAAGGAGGGAAGAGUGCAAAGCUGAAGAGGAGGAAGAGGAGGAGGGUGACUUUGACUCCCUCGUGGCAGACGCCCCUGCUGUGGAGGCCGGGCCUUCCCCAUUUGGUGUCGGAGAGGACACAGCCUUUAGCAGACGCCAUCCUGUGAGGACUCAGAGCACACCGUUCACAGGUCCGUUCAUCAGCGUGGUCCUGUCAAAGCUGGAGAACAUGCUGGAGAACUCUCUGCACGUCAACCUGCUUCUCAUCGGCAUCAUCACCCAGCUGGCCAGCUACCCGCAGCCGCUCCUGCGCUCCUUCCUCCUCAACACCAACAUGGUCUUCCAGCCUAGCGUCCGCUCUCUCUACCAGGUCCUUGCAUCUGUGAAAAACAAGAUCGAGCAGUUUGCUUCUGUGGAGAGAGACUUCCCAGGCCUCCUCAUCCAAGCUCAGCAGUACCUGCUCUUCCGGGUGGACAUGUCUGACACGACCCCUGCGGCACUCACCAAAGAUCCCAUUCAGGAGAUCUCCAGGCCAGAAAGUGACAAGACCUUUAUGGAUGGCCCUCCACGUGUGCUUCAGCCCUUCCUGGGCAACAGAGCCAAGGUGACCAGGGCACCCCCAAACCUGCCUCUGCCAGUGAAGAACACCAUGCUGGCUGCUGCUCUCUUCCCAGAGUUCCUGAAGGAGCUUGCAGCCUUGGCCCAAGAACACUCCAUUCUGUGUUACAAGAUCCUAGGGGACUUCGAAGACUCUUGCUGUUAGCUUUUUAUACUACUAUUUUCAUAGAGAUUUGGUUUUAUAAGGUUAUAGUACUUGACUGAAUGUUAAACGCAAAGCUGCUUAUCAAAACUGUCUACUUUGAUACUUCCUGACAAUACUUGAUUUAUAGGAGGGUUUUGGUGCACCUCCUGUCUCUAGCCGGGUCUCCCCUUGUUAUACAGAAUGUAAGUCUUGUGAGCUGGCUGUCUCCUUGGCAGGUUCCUCCUGCUGUUUCUCCUCUUCACAUGGUUCACGGUUGUUCUCCCAAGCCUUGGAGUGGAGGAGACAUUCAUCUGGUAGCUCGGAUGCCAUGGAGCACGCACUGCGGUUCUGUGAUCUCUGGUUACCAGGUGGGGGCGGCUCCUUGGCAGUCUCAUGGGAGCUCCUCCAGAGUGGCACGCCUAUGCUGGGCGCCUCUUCUCGAGGUGAAUGUAAGAAUGUGAAGCUCCUUCUGACAGACAGGACACAUCAUUGGCUGAUCUGAAUUUUACUUCUAGGACUUGCAAUCUCUCCACACGUAUUGCCUUAUGUUGUGGGAAAAUCCCCAAGCCCCAGCUGUCUGCCCAAAAAUUCAGAGAAUCUGGAAUGCAGAACUUUUUUCUCAUUGCUUGAGAGCUGCUCUAAUCACGGGAGCACAACCAAAACACAAGACAGCCUUAAUUCAGUAAGAUCUGCACAAAAGGAAGUGCACCUAUGCAAACGCUGGAUGGUAGGCAUUUGAUCAGAUGAAAAAAGUGUGGUUCAUAGACUUACGUUAAAAAAAAAUACUAAGUGUUUUAUAAAAACAAAUGUUAACUUGUGACGUAUAGAGGAUUUUUUUUUGCUUGGGGGGUGCAGAGCUUGGAAUGGGUGCAAAAGAUAAAAUUAUGGUAACUAUAGCUGGAAAACCCCUGGUUCUUAUUUUACUAAUAUGCUGCACUUGUGGCGAAAUGAGCACUACUCAGCCCAUGUUGACAGCUGGGACAGAAAUGCAUACAGGUCACAGGGAGCUUGUGAAGCCAGGUGCCUGCUGGCGACUCCCUCCUCAUGGCCAUGCUGCAUGCCAAGUGUCCAGCGGUGGAGGAUGCCCCAGUCGGGAAUGUACUGGAGUCUCUGGCUGCUUGCCAGCCUGCUGCCAGAA